CUGCCGUACUUGACUAGAUUUCGGUAAAAAAUUUAGAAAAGCGCCAUCUGCAAUCCUCUUCCUAAAGUAUUUAAUAUCUUCAAGUGAUAAUAGAUGGCUCUUUAAUCAAAAAUUAACUUCCAUAAAAUAUCACUAAAAUUAUUGAAAUCUAAAAAUUAUUUUAUAUAUUAGUAUUACGUAGGAAAUCUAUCAAUUAUUUUUAUUAAAUCUGUACACUAUUUUAUAUACAUAAAUUAUUUUUCUAUAAUUAUUUUUUUGGUUGGCAAUAAACCGUGCCAACUGCCAAUGCUGAAGUUAGAAUUUGAAUUUUAAUGGCGAGUACAGUACAUACAAUUUGUGUGUUAAGUUUUCGUCCAUUUAAGUGUUUUCUGCUGUUGACUUGCGUUGAUUUGAGUUUUACUCAUCCGCUGUGUUUUCGGUGAAUUAGUGAGUGAGUUGAGCUGUGCUCCUCUGUUUCAUUGUUUCACAUAACUUGCGAAAAGACGCCAUUAGUGUUUAGUAUUAUUUGCGAUAAAGACGCCUUUUGUGAUAUUUGUGAAAUAGACACUGUUAUUGUGUUAUUAGCGAUUAGAGACGCUUGUUUGAGUGCAUAUAAUCAUGCCGAGGCGGUGCGAAUUGGGAUGUUCACACAACCCGGGUGUGACACAACAUCAAUUUCCACACCCAGAAAAGAAUCCUGAGUUAUUCAAAGCCUGGGUUAAUAUAGUUGGUGGAAAACUGGAGACUGCAGAUGAUAUCAAAUUUUACAGAAAGCGAGUCAUCUGUGACAUACAUUUUGCAGACAAGUUUAAGAAUCGCAACAACCGUUUAAAUAACAUAGCUGUUCCUACUCUCCAUCUUCAGGGUGCUCCAUCACAAGAUGCUCAUAUGCCUCCUGCAACUCCACAUAUACCAACUGAACUUCCUAUGCCUGAACAUAAUAUAUGGAAUCUGCCUUCUACAUCAAAGCAAAUAGUCACUGGUGCUCCAUCACAAGAUGCUCAUAUGCCUCCUGCAACUCCACAUAUACCAACUGAACUUCCUAUGCCUGAACAUAAUAUAUGGGAUCUGCCUUCUACAUCAAAGCAAAUAAUCACUGCUGCACCUCCCAAUGCGUGUGUUAUAGCAGCAGAACAUAAUUAUUGCAGUAAACAUGGUAUACAACAAAGACGGAAACUUAAAGGAGACAAAAAAAAACUGAAAUCAACUUCAUCGCUGGAGAAUGAAUUAAAGAUUUCAAGAUUCCAAAUGAAGAAUUUAAAAACCGAAAUUAUUCGGUUACGUAAACGGAGUAGUAGUUUGAAAGAAAGAUUAGCCAGCGUUGAUAAAAUUAGCAAUACAAAUUGUUUAAAAAAAAUAACGAGAAAUAUGACAACUGCAGCAAAAUAUUCACAAACAUGCAGUACACCCAAACUCACAAGAGAGCUCGUGGGCGGAGGUUUACUUUAAAGGAAAAAGUUUUG